AUGGGUGGAGGCUCGUCCUCUCUCCGGGCGAAGAGUCGUUCAUCGGCUGAUUUAGAUCUCCUCAAGCCAACUGCUGAGCAAAGGACGCCAAGGACAAGGAGCAGACUAGCAUCCCUUGCUCAGUCUUCUUCCAAACAAUUGUCCAAAUUUUCAUUCAAGCGUAAAAAUGGCAACCGCGACAAGGUGAAAUCGUUCCGUGACCUGAUAUCCACGUGGCCUCUUCACGACAUCGAAACUUUGUGCAGGGAGUUGGAAACAUCGCGAAUUCUUUUCUUGUUGAAAAGUUCCGCUGAUUCUGCUCGGCCUUCAUUUUUAAGCAUCGAAGAGCAGCUUUCUUCAAGUGACUCGAAGGACUUUGCAUUAAUUAUUGGUGAUCACACUUAUCCCAUUCAUAGACGUGUCGCAAUCGCCCGCUGUGAUCUCGUCCAACAACUGUUAUGUGAACAAGAUUUUCGCGAAUUUCAUUUAUCAUUUCCUUACGGAAAACAUUUCACUCAUCAUGACAUGUGCAUGUUCAUUCAUUACGUGUAUACUGGAGACUGGAAUGGCAAUGCUGAUACUCUGCAAUCUAUUCGUAAAUGGAUGAAGUGCCACAGAGAUUUGGCUGUCGACUUACGAAAUGCUGAGAAGAUGGCCUUGAAGGAUGGAGAUCUUACCAUUAUACUAACUUCUCCGAACUCUCAUAAUGAAAAGCUUGCAAAAGUCUGUGUUCCCGAUUACAGUAUUCGUUGUGAUUCAUCAAUAUUAUCUUCGCGAAGCGAAGUUUUUCGGGGACUUCUCAAACAUGUGAGGGACACACGUGAUAUUGUAUUAGAUGAAGCUCUACUUCCUCGCGGCUUUGCUCCAGUUCUCAUUCAUUUUCUGUACACGGACGAACUUGAUUUCUCAUUGGUCCCGGAUACGGCGUUGUCGCAAUCUUCGUUAUCGGAAGCUCGUGCCAUAGUGGCUGGUCAUGCUCCACAUUCUCCCCUUUACUACGCAAUUCAACUAAUCCAUAUAGCGAAGUUUUUCAUCCUUGAGAGACUCGUACAACUCUGUGAAGACUUGAUCGUUUCCGCUCUUUGCCCAGAAAGUUGUGUAUCAAUUCUCAGUUGGGCCACUGACGGAGGAUCUCAGUAUGUUGCUCAACGUGCACAAAGCUUUCUGGAGUCUGAAUUCGCUCAAAUCGCUUCUACACAUUGUUUGUUUGACAUUUCUUUGGAAAGCUUGGUUAAAUGUGCUCAAAGUCAGUUCACUCAGGCAACUGAAGUAGAACUUCUGGAGGCGGUAAUACGGUGGGGUGAACAUGAAUUACUGCGUAGAAUGGAGGAACGAGAACCAAAUGUAGUGGCUGACACAUCGCAUUCAAUAAGUCGACGAGGUGUGAAGAGGGCUGAUCUGAGUGGAACAGAACUAAGGGCCAUCCUUGCUCCUGUCGCUGAACAUCUUCGCAUCGACUAUAUUCUACCACCUUUUCAUCAGAGUUUGAACGCCGCGUACAGCCGCGGCAUUCUUGAUCGUGCACCACUGCGCGCAGAUCUUGUUUGCCCAUCAACCAGCGAGAUUAUUCCCGAUAUCCAUUGGUUCCGACCUGAUUCAGAUUCGCCGGGACCACGCUACUAUAUUCCAUAUUACAAGACGACUAAGUCAUAUUUGUGCGAUGCUCGCGAACGAGAUGAGGUUGCUUGCUUCCCUCACCCCCUGUUUUCCAUGGACUCUUCAUUCCAAGUUGUGAUCACUAAUAUGCUGCCUGAUUUGCUGUCGGCGGAAAAAUUCAACGAGAUCCGCGACAAGAUCCUUCGUGCUAUUGAAAACGCCGAUUGUCAAUAUCAUGUUCGCUUCUUUCCGCGAUCGUUUCAUCGCCGAAUGGCAGUCGAGUUGAUCGCACUCCGAGUUUUGCGUACGAUGCAGAUGGACACAAAUUACGUGGAUGUAAAGCUGGCAUGUGACACUGAAAAGAAUACUUUGACUGCUCCUGAAUCUGAGAACCAAAGCGGUCUAAUCUACCGCAGCCAACCAAGUUUGCAUUGGCCAGACAUCAUGACUUUAGAGAAGAAAGAUUUGUGA